UAAUGACUGUUGAUGCCUUUGUAACUAAAGCUGGAAUGAAAAUGGUAUCUUCAGUGAACUCUGCCUCUGCUGUUGAAGGUCAUCUUGAACUUAAAGGUGGACAACUCUUUAGUGCCGAAUGGAAAACACCAGAUUCUAAGACAGAAGUAUUUGAAGCGAAAACUUCAUUCUUUACCGUUCAUCGUGAUGAGACCCGUGAACAAAAGAUGAUAACACAAAACAGACAAACAAAGAAACUAUGCACUGGCGAUAAACUUUCACACGUGACUGGACUUGAACUCUGUGGUGAAAUUUCCUAUCCUAAUGCUUCUUUAAAGGCUGAUUCUCCAUAUUUCCCUUUAACUGGACCAUUGACAGCAGGUGUUACACUGUACAAGAGAGACAGUCAUACUAGUUACAAAAUGGAGUAUAAAUUCGGAAAGACAAAAUCUGUAGUGACUGCCAAUAUAGGAUUAAACACACCAGGGUCAAAGGUCGAUAGAGAAAUGAGACUUGGUUUUAAUUUGAAUAUGAAGAAGCAUGAUAUUGAAAUGCUGAUGCUGUCACCAUGGAAAAAGGCCACUUUCAACGGAGCUGUCAAUACACAACAAAGACAAGUAAAUGGUAAAUUACUUAUUGACCAAUCAGAGUACUCAGUCAAUGCAGCUUUAGCUAGUAAGAAGAAAUCUUCUACAAUGGUAUAUACACCAUCUGUAGAAAUAGUCAUACCAAAGAAGGACAACAUCAAACUUGAUGGAACUAUUGAAUAUUUAGCGGGCAAAACUUUGGAUUCUGCAUUUACCGUUCUUGGAGUUUCAAAACAACCAAUCAACAUGAGAUUAACCAUGCUUAACAAGAAGGUUAUCAGAUCACUUAAGGGCAGUUUGACAAUGGACAAAAAACAAGAGUAUAGCUUCGAAACCAGAAUGCAGAAACUAGUAACUAAGAAAUCUUUGAGAUACAGUCCAUUUAUCUCAGUAAAAACCCCAACAAAAUUGUUGAUGGGUCUUGGUGGCUCUGUGGAAAUCAAAUAUAAGAAAGCUAUGAAGGUUGACAUGACCGUAACUGGAUUGACACGUUCUCCAAUGAAAUAUUUUGUUCAAGUAAGAGAUACAGGAAACGCAAAGCAAGCCCGUUAUCAGGCAAAAAUGAACAUUCAAUCUCCAAUUCUGACAACUAAAGGCAGAUCCAAUGUUAUGAUUAAACCUAUAUCUAUCAUUACCAGAACCACGUUUGAUUAUAUCAUACCACGUGUAGCACGUGAUAAGGUUACCAUGAACACAAAGGUCAUCAUGAAAUCAACAAAGAAAGCAACAUCGGUCAAGGGAAAUGGUGUUUUGAAUUUCAAGAAGAAGUCACAUUUGAACCUUAAUCUCGGAAUGAAUUUUUUGACAAACGCUAAACUGACAACAACCAACUUCAAUGCCCAGUAUGGUGCGAAUAAGAAAGAUCUAAACAAAAUGAUAAGCUUUUCAUCGACAGUAAAACACCAGUUAGCAUGGCGGGCAAGUGAUGUCAGAAUCAGCGCACAACUGAAGCACCCUGAAUCAGAAACAGACUUGAAGAUAAAAGGAAGUCAUAUCCAUAACAAAAAGGCACUGGAUACCAGCGUUUCAAUGUCCGUUGGAAAGAAACAUACCUUCAGCACAUCAGUCUUUUUGAAAGAUAAAACAAAGAAAUUGACAUCCGUUUCUGGUGGACUUUCCCUCUCAUGGAAUGAGAAAACCCUCUCCAUGUCAAAUGUCUUUAUCCAGCAAAACAAGCAAAAAUUUACCAACGACUUCGCUUCCACUAUUGGUAAACAAAGAACAACGAUAAAAUCCACCAUUAAGAGCAUGUCAAAUAUUGAAUACGAAAUAUCCAAUGAUAUAACACUUCCAGGAAGAAAACCAUUUACCAUUGCCGGUCAGAUAAACGGGAGCCCUCGUGAUUUCAGACUUGGAGCACAGAUAGGAAAAUCAUAUGUAAUGGCAUUUACUUCCCAAUACAAACCGAAGGUUAUGGUCAAGAUGUCUGGGAAUGUGAAGGUUAACAGCAGACGUGUAACAGCUGACAUUGAAGCGAUGAAAAACCAUCCUCAGUAUUCAGGAAAAUUUGAUGUUAAGUGGGAUGCUGAUAAAGAUGAAUCCAAAAGACUUAAACUUGUAGGGGAUUUGACAUACAAAAACUCCAUGGAUAUUAAUGCAAGACUAGAAUUUGUCAACCCAAUCACUAGUGUCUUGUCAAGUUAUAAUCACAUUGUUGAUAAAAAUACCAUGGGCCAUUUUGAUGUCUUAGUGGCAGGGAAAGAAAAAGUAGCAUUAGAUCUAAAUCUAAACAACAAAGAUAAUGGUAAAGCUGGAACCCUUAGAAUGCAGACACCGGCAUCUGGCUUAGUACAACUGAAUUUUGAUAUGAUGUCAACUACCAAACAAUACCAGAACACAAUUGAUAUCACUUGGCAGAAAUCAAACAAAAUUGGAGUAUUAGUAAAUUUGGACAAACCAUUCAAUGCAAAUAAAUUUCACGGAAUAGUUACAGUAAAAACACCCUUUGAUGGCUUCAGAAUGUCCUCAGUAGAAGUAGAUCAUGAUUACACCGGAAAGCUGAAAAGUAUGUUGAAAACUGAACUCAACAACGAGAAAAUGCAAGUUGAUAUCAAAUACAGUAAUGAUGGCACAACCGAAAACCGGGAUGUAAACGGUGUAAUGAGUGUAAAAUCGUCAUUAUCUAGCUUGAAAACAGCGUCUGUAAGCUUCCACCACAAAACCACUGACAACAAAUACCAGAACGCUUUAGUAGUGGAGCAUAAUGGCAAGGUAUACCAGUAUGAAGGUCAAAUGAAUCACAGAUUUACGAAAAAAGGGCUGAAGAAUAAAGGAAAGAUUGUCGUCAUUGUACCAAAUAACAAAUAUGAUGCAAAUUGGGACCACAGCAUUUCCAAAAAUGAACUCACUUCUAAAAUACAAUCUAAUAUCGAUGGCAAAUCUUAUGAAUUUGACGUAAAUGGAAGACAAGCCAUCACGUUCAGCGAAGGCGGAAUAUCUUUUAACCUAAAGAUUAAAUCUCCAUUUAUGGAUAAUAUCGUUCUGCGUGUUGACCAUCAACACAGACCAUCACUAAUAGACAGUUCAGCGACCUUAUCUAUUAAUGAUAACGUAAUGAUGUCUGGGCAGGUAGACUACAAGAGAGAAGUUGGCAAGAUAAUGUCAAAACAGUCUUUUAAAAUGUCUGAAUUCGCUUUUGAAACUUCAAUUAUAUCUGAAUAUGCCCGUUUUCCAAUGUCAGGUCAAAUUAAUAUGAAGAUGAAUAAUAAUGAAAUCGAUGUCAGCGGAACCUAUGAUCGUCAGCAGAACAGUCAAAAUGGUAAACUGAAAAUUAAAUCUCCAUUUACCAAACCUAUUGUAUUAAGUAUUGACCGAGCAGUUGAUGGAGAACAGAUCAUUUCAUCUUCUAUUGAGUAUGGAAAAACUGAAAUUAUGGCCAUGGAAAAUAGAUUCAGAUGGGACGACAACAAAAUUAUCAAGAUAUCAGUCGUAACACCAAUAGAGUCUGUCAGGAAAUUUGAAACACUACUCAGUUUAGAUGGAGGUAUAACCGCUUUCAAAACAGUCGCAAGAAUAGAAAUUGAACCUAUUUUUAGACGAAUCCAGUUGACAUCCGAAUGGAACUCUGUCAAUGGACUAAAUGGGAAAAUUCGUUUGGAAACGCCAUUCCAACAAAUACCAUACAGUCAAAUAAUUUUGGUUUCUAAACCAUCAACUAGAAUGACAUCAUCAGAUCUGUCUAUUGAAUAUCUCCCAAAGAAAGAAAUAAUCAUAAAAUCAAACUACAUGGUGCAGAAUAAUCACGUUGAAGGCAGUUUAGACAUAAAUACUCCCUUCAAUGACAUACGAACAAUGUCAGUAUCAUUGAAACAUUCAACUCGAAAUAAUGCCAUAGACUCUGGGAUAACUUACACUUGUCCUAAAGGAACAAAAUACGCUGCUGACAUCAACUAUAAAUCUGAUGUCAAGAAAGAGGCGUCAGUCAGUUUGAAAAUGGAUAAGAAGAGAAUAGCCGUUAACGGUAUUGUCGACCUGACGUCUGGGUACCCAACAGGUUUCCUGAAGACAUCAACACCCUUUACAGACGACAUUAUUGUUGAUAUCAAGCAGAAGAAACAAGAUGAAGUAAUUAUGACGUCAGGCUUACUCAGAUACGAUAACGGAAAGGAAAUAUCGUUGGAAAACCGAUUCCGUUGGGAUAAUGCUUUUGUGUUCACUACAUUUGUUGCCACACCAUAUGAAUCCAUGAAAACAAUUAACUCAGUAAUAGAAGCUAAAGGAGACUUAAGAUCUUUCUCUCUUUUAAGCAGCAUUGAAGCAGAACCAAUCACGAAGAAGUUCUUGGUAUCCAGUGCCGUAAAUACUUAUGGUGGAUUCGAUGGUAACUUCCGCAUUGAAACCCCAUUCAAGGUCAUUCCAUAUAGUCAGAUAGCCGUCUCUAGUCAAAGAAGUAGCGGUUCCACAAGAACAGUUGCUAAUAUAGAAUACCUUCCAGCUAAGUUUAUCAGUGUCAAAUCGAGUCACUCAGUACAUUUAGAUAACAUGGAUGCAACUAUAGAAAUUCAGACUCCGUUCGCCAAAUUGAAGCAUGCAUCUGCUUCCAUAAAACACACAAAUGACGACAAAGGCAUUGCAUCUUAUGUAGGAAUCGAAUAUCCCAAGGGAAAUAUAUAUUCUGUAGACACUUCCGCUAGCAACGCUGAAAGGAAAGACGCUUCUAUCACCGUCAAAAGCCCACACAAUAAACCAGUAAGUCUGACAAUCUACCAUCAAGGCAAAUAUCCCUCAAUGGAGACACACGGCGAACUUCAGUACCAGGGCAACAAGAAACACAUAUUGGACAUAUCAUUUAUUAAUAAAGCUAACUUUAAGACUUCCGUGUCUUACAAAUGUCCAUCUAUGGAUAAGAUAUCUUUGGAGAUAAGUCAUAAAGGUAGCAUAAAACAAUUCAAUUCCCUCGUUAAAGCACAAUACAAGAAGGGUGAGCCACAUCAAAUAGAAGUAGUCUUUAAAAAUCUGGCUAAAAUGCAAGGAUCUUUGACAGUUAAAUCACCAUUCAUGGAUGACUUUAAAGCAUCUUUCCAUCAUACAGGGUCCUUGAGGAAUCUUAAAUCCCAUGUUGAAUAUGCUUACGGUAAAAUGAAACCAGCCUCCGCUGAUGUCGCAUUUAUUUCUGGAAAACGUCUCCAGGGUUCAGUGAAAUUGUCUUCUUCACUGUUUGAAGAUAUUACCUUGACUCUUUCUCACAAGGGUAAACUAAGAAGCUUCAGAAACAAAAUAAACCUAAUCUACAGCAAGAAACAGAAAAUAAGUACUGAUUUUAAUUUCCGCCUAGCGAAAGUAAUGAAAGCUACAUUUAUAUUUGUAUCUCCAUUUAAAGGAUAUAAGAAAGUCAUUGCCAAUGUUAAGCACGAAGGAACAUGGAAGAGCUUCAAGUGUGAUGCCAAUGUUAAAAAAGGAAAAGACGUCAUCAAGGCUAACAUGAAAACAUCAGUAGGGUCUAAAUUCAACUGGGAAGCAAGUGUAGAAACACCAGUUGCCGGUUGGAAGAAACUGAAUGCUGCUGUAUCACACGAAGGAUCAUUUUCUAAUUUUAAAUCCCAUGCAGAGAUAGCUCGUGGUAAACAAAACAUGGUCGCUGCAGAUAUACGAUUUGCAAUUAAACCUUCCGUUGAUAUUUUACUAGCCGCACAGACACCUUUUGUUGGCUACAAAAAUGUCAAGGCAUCAUUGUCGCAUCAAACAUCAGAUAGCAAGAUAAAGUCUCAUGCUGAAAUUACGUACUUCAAGAAAGAUACGAUAUCUGCAGAUAUCUUAAUAAACAAACCAACGAGAAGUGCUGAUAUUUCCAUUAAAACUCCAUUUAAGAAAUAUGAAAAGAUGGCUGGUUCCUUCUCUCACACGGGUUCCCUAUCAGAAUUCAACACAAAAAUGGAUUUGGCAGCGAACAAGGACAAGUAUUCAGCUCAGAUCAAUUUCAAUACCACAUUGAAGGUAAAUUAG